CGGUGUGUUGUGUGUCAGAAACGUGUCGAGUGAGCAACAUGGAGCCUAAUGUUGGAGAUAUUCUGCCCUACGAGGACCAGCUGAGGACAACACUUCACUGUGAUGACAAGGAGAAGCUUCGCAGGAAGUUGGCACAGUUACAGAGGGAGUAUCUCAGGACAGCCCAGAGACUACAGCGUGCUGAGCGCUUUGAGGCAGUGCGGAGACAUGUGAGGAGCAGGAUCACUGAGCAGAACCACCAGGACCAGAGAGACCCAGACAGCUCAUCCUGUCUCAACCCAUCUUCAUCGAUUCCAAACAACAACAAUGCAACAGAUCCAGGUGUACCUCAGAGCCAGGGACACACUGAAGGUGAAAUUCAUAAACUAUCUGUUGUUUCACCUGCAGAUUCUGACAAUGCCAGGAGGAGCCAAGUGAUUCGGUUCCUGCUCCCCUCUGAUGCUGCUUGUCCACAAACCCCAGAUCCUUGCCAUGAUGCAUCAAGAGCACACAGACCAAGUCCUGCGCUGCGCCUCAGGUCACGGAGCAGCCGCCUACGCUGGGAGAAGAGGAGUGCUGAGGUUGGCAGGAGCACAGACUACAGCGAAAAACAUCAGGAGCAAAGUGAAGGGAUGGAAAGUGCUGCAACAACAGAAGAGGAGGAGAAAGUCAAUUCAGAGGGAAUGAAUGUUGCAAAUGAAAGUGAAGAACUGUUUUCUAGUACAGAGUCAGAGUCUCCUUCUCUACUGCUUACACACUGGAACAACAAUGGGUGCACUGAAACAGGAGAUAUAGAUGUAAUGGAGAUCCAAGGGCAUGAACAACAAAGGCAAAAAGAGACUCAUUCAAGAACUGAAGAGAAAAACGAAUCAAAGUCAACUGACUUGUUGCUCACAUGUUGCAAUCUUGAAGAAAGCAGACAAGACGGCACACAAAAUGGAAGAAUGAAGGAAAAAGAGAGAGUCGAGGAUGGUGAGAAUAAUAGAGAACAGACAGAAAAAAGGCUGUGUGAAGAGAACAGCAGUAAAGACAAUAAACAAAACGCAACUGAGAAUGAACAUGAGAGUAGCGUGCAAGUAAAAGAGGAAAAGAAUGGAAUCACAGGAGAUGGAAACGGUGUGAGCCUUCUCGACUCCUGUACGCUAGUGGAAGGACUACUUUUUCCAGUGGAGUACUACGUUCGAACCACAAGGCGUAUGACACUUUCACAGAGCCAGCCUGACAUGCAGGCUGUCAUCAUCUCGCAGCUAAGCAUGGGACGAAAACGCAGGAGUCAGGGCCGCGGCAGAGGAAUGAGUAGAACCACAAACAAUGGUGAACGUUCAGAUCAGCACACCCAGAUAGAUUCCUCCGCUGUGACGCCUGCAUCUACAUCUGUAGAACCUCUGAAGGUGUCACAUGUGCAGAAUUUCAGUGCAUCUUCCAACCAGAGCUCCAGCGAGAUUUUAGAUCACAUCUACACUGGUCAGAUCAACUCAGAUGCUUGUUUUUCUCCUAUGGCCACCACUGCUCGUCCAACAAGAGGCAGGAGGAGGAAGAGAGGCAGAGGCAGAGGCAGAAGGAGUCCUCAGACCCCACGGUCUUCUCUUGGAUUAGACUCUUAUCAGCUAAGCUGUGAACAAACCUCAGGUGAUCCCCAUCCCACCAGCACCCCGGUCUCUUCCUUCAAGCCUCUUCAUGGAGCUGAUAGACCGAAGCCCUGCCUCCCUCCAGGAGAAACUGUUGCAGUGGCAGAUGGAUCCCAGCCUGUGUCCACCCUCAGCACUUGUUCCCAGUCUUGUUCUGAAUCUAAUGGAACUCUAUCCAACUCUGCCUACCAACAUCAAAGGGAUGUCUAUCCCAUCUUUCUGAAGAACAGUGUCAAUGCUAACAAACCCUCACAGAUGAACAGAGGUACAUCAAGCUGGCGAUCUCUCCUCUUGCCCGCCUCUCCACCGGCUCAAACAUCUCUUCUUCCUCUCCCUUCUCUGUCCUCUGGACCCCUCCUCAACAGCCUGAUGAAAUUGGACAUCCCCCAAGAUUUUCAUCUCCCAGAUGACCAGUUUGCCUCCCUGAAGCUGCACAAGCUUCGUCAAGUCACCAUGGAAUCAGGAGUUGAAUGUUUCUCAUCUCCGUCUUACAACACGCGCAGCAGCAACCGCAGCAGCAGCAGCGACCCGGUGACGCCUCUUCUGCUCCCGCUCAGCCUCACGCCCACUGUUGCUGAUGCACCCCAUUCAAAUGUAGAACAGCGAGCUGAUUCACAGCCUGUAGAUCUUCCAAUUACAUCAAUAGAACACAAGAUUACAGAUAAGUUGAUAGACCAGCCUGUAAGUGGAGAACCAUCUGACCGAGAUAUUACAGAUGAAGAGCAGCAGACUGAAAACCUCCCAGCUGAAACUCACUCCAGCCCAACAGAAUCUGCAUCAGUGUGUGCUGAGGACCUUGUAGAUAAAGGGAAUGAAACUGAGACACUGAACAGUUGUAGCCAGAGUAGUCUAUCAGUCAGCAGCACACACAGAUCUAUACAGUAUACCCACAAACCACAGCCUCAUCUCAACUUUGCAGACAGACCAGCAGUUAAUGAUAACGUCACUGGACCAUCAGCUAAAAUACAACAGCCUGCAUCAGAAAAACAAACAGAUUAUUGUUAUUUAGACCGUCCCUUAGAGGAACAGAGAUCUUUCAGCUCCCAAACAGAAAACCAAGCUGUCAUCGAGACUCUUUCUUUUGCAUGCUCUCCACAGGAAACGCCUGAGGAGCCGUCUGAUAGCUUCACUGCUUUUCACACAUGUAAUGACACGACAGCUGUACAGGAGUCUCCUGUGACACUUCUGAAUGUGAAAUCUCCUGCUGAAGAUUCAAAAAAACCUCCAGAUCACAGUGAAAAUCUUUCCACAGACAAGCUAAUUGGAAAUAAGACCACAUGUGUACCGCAGCACAGUGUCCACUCUCAGCUGCUGUUGACUUCUCCUCCAGCUUCAGCGCCCGGACCCUUCAUAACCCCACACCUGCCCUCAUCCACGCUAACCUCCAGCCUUGCGCUGCCCUCCCUAGGACUCACCCCUCACCCUGUCACCUGCGGCCUCACCUCCUCUCCCUCUGCCCCUUCUCUCACCCUGCCUCCUCCUCAUAGUCCAUCUACACAGGCUCUCUCUCCUCCAGCUCUCUCUCGCUGUCCGUCCAUCACCUCCCUCCCUCCCAGCCAGCCUACUGUCUCCCUCUCCGGUCAGAUCCAGGCUUCAUGUGAGCCACCAGUUACAGGUGAUCAGUGUCACAGGGAUGGGCAGGUGAGUCCAAGAACAGAGGAGAAAGAACAGGAACCCACGAUGAGAUGCACAACCACACUGAAGGCUGCAGCGGGAGGCUCUCUGGUGGAUGCAUGCUGUUUUCCUGGAUCCUCGGGAGGUUUGUGUGUAGCAGCAGCAGGAAAGUGGGCUGUUUGUCUGUGGAGUCAGACUUCAGCAUCUGACUGGAACUUAGUGCACACAUGGACCUUCAAUGAGCCAGUGAUCAACGUGUUUGCCGUCCCGGAUGCUGCUGGGCUGAUGUGUGUGACCCUGGGUCAGUUGGAAAUCAGAGAAGUGAGGCUGCUGUCCUGCUCCAGCCUCGUACAAACACUGUUCUGUGAGGGUGUCAUCCAGGCGGUCGUAGGAGUGUCCAAGUCCAGAGUGGUUACCUCCUCCCACUCAGCGACUGGUUCCACUCUGCAGGUGUUUACGCUGUCAGACACCAGCAGCUCACCAAGCUCCCUGCCUCUUGUGUCUCCUGGAGUUUGUGUCGGAGCCCUCGCUCCAGUGGACGGACUCUCCGAUGCUCUCAUCGGCACAGACGAGGGUGGACACCUCUUUGUCUGGAAUUUGAAGACUGGACAGCUGCUGUCUAGAGUCCUUCUGGGAGAUGGUUUAUCACACACAGCCUGUCUCAGAGGAUACUCGUACUGUGGAGUGCUGUUUGUCCUGCUGCAGCAUCAGUUUUUAAGCUCCCUGGAGGAAGAAGAAAAAGAAGCAAAGAUAAAAGAUGGGAUGCUUUGGGAUAAGGAGAUGAAGACUGCCUUGUUCUCUUUGGUCGCCAUCAAUCCUUUGAGUGGAAAAUCCAUCCUGGCUACGCAGCUGUAUCCACCGAAAGCCUGGUCUGGCAGGCUGUGUGAAGCCGACGUGAGCUGCUCCAGCGUGGUGGGCCUCAGUCAGAACGGCAGCGUGUGCGUUUGGGAGCUCAUCGGUCGGCGGGCGUCACGUAUGGUUUGGGCUCCCGAGAGCGACGGCUGGCAGUUGGCUCGAUGGGGGGGAGGAGGCACACUGGUGACCGGACAUCACAACGGAGAUGUGAUGUUACACUGCUGCAGUACGAAUCAGACUGAUCUCCACCACUAAAACAGACGUUAAGAUGACUUUUUAAUCAAAUGUGAAGCUCUUUCUGUCCCUGUGUGACCGUUUACAUAAAGAUAUUAAGAUUCUGCAGCAUCACAUUGGGACAUUGUACCCAGUAUGGUUUUUAGGUGUAUUUGUUUCCCUCAUUGAGCUGACACGAUUCCCAUGGUCGACUAUAUCGCAUUUCAAAAACUUUAGUCUCAGCUUAGCAAACAUUCAGGUACAGGUUUGUCUCAACACUCUCUUGGACACUGUGCUUUACAAAUACACUGUAAAAUGGACAUAUCUCAUGAUCUGGUGCCACUGGUAAAGCUUUAUCUGAAAACAUGAACCGCAGCAAGUCAAAAGUGGUCACUUGUUUUCCUCCUGCCUUUGGAAAUUUAAUGUUAAUAGCGCCUGUUCACAUUCACUGUGUAAAGAUGUGUAAUUUCUGGUGGAUUUCCCCGUUUUAAAUCACUUUAGCAUCAGUCUGAAAACCAGCUUUGUGUUUUAUUACUGAUACUGCUUUGAAUGUUCUUUGUUUAUAUGCAUGCAUGUUGUUGUAUUUAAAGAAAAAAAAGUGUAACCAAAGUUUAUUUUUAUAUUCAAAUUAAAC